AUGAGACCGCAAACAAUGUGGCGGUCAUUGAGCCUGCUGCAACGCACCGCUUGCCACACAACUAGUCGUCGGGCCAUUCAAACGGCAAGUUCCAGGCCUAUCCCUAACUUUGCCUUCGCAUUCGACAUCGAUGGCGUUCUUCUUCGAUCCUCGAAACCUAUUCCAGGGGCGGCGGAGUCGCUGGCCCUCUUGAAGAAGCAGGGCAUUCCCUUCAUCCUACUCACCAAUGGCGGCGGCAAGCACGAGACAGAGCGCGUCGCGGAGAUCAGUGAGAAGCUACAAAUCCCAUUGGAUCCCACGGACAUUGUACAAAGUCAUUCCCCCUUUGCUGAACUGGUCAAGGGACCGGACGAGGCCAGCUCCCUUGAGCAUAAAUGCGUAUUAGUUGCUGGCGGUGAUGGGGAUAAUUGUCGGCGCGUGGCAGAACAGUACGGAUUCAAGAAUGUUGUCACCCCGGGAGAUCUUCUCAUGGCCAACUCUGCUAUCUGGCCGUUCUCUAAGAACUUUAGCGACUAUUAUAAAACUUUCGCCCGCCCGCUACCUCAGCCAAUUGACUUGAACGAUCCAUUGAAGAGCCUCAAAAUUGACGCUAUCUUUGUGUUCAAUGACCCUCGAGACUGGGCAUUAGACACCCAGGUGAUCAUGGAUCUCCUUCUCUCGUCACAGGGCCGUAUGGGCACUUUGUCGGAGAAGAAUGGUCGGAUCGAUCUACCCAACCACGGCUAUCAGCAGGAUGGACAGCCUCACCUCUAUUUCUCAAACCCCGACUUAUGGUGGGCUGCCGCCUACCCCUUACCCCGUCUGGGCCAGGGCGGUUUCCGAGAGGCGCUUGAGGGUGUCUGGGCCGCGACCACGGGAGGCCCAAGCAAGGGCAUUGAGCUGAAGAAGACCGUGAUCGGGAAACCUUAUCAGCCUACAUACGAAUUUGCGGAACGACAGCUGCUCCGCAACCGGAUGAAGACAUUUGGUGACUCUGCGGAUCUCGUGCCUCUUCAGAGAGUCUAUAUGGUCGGUGACAACCCAGAGUCUGAUAUUCGGGGCGCAAACUCCUACCGCAGUGAUUUUGGCAGUAGUUGGCACUCAAUCCUUGUUCGAACUGGCGUCUACAGCGGCGGUGAGCCUGCUUGGACUCCUCAAACCAUUGCGGACAAUGUACACAAAGGCGUUCAAUGGGCGUUGGAGAGCUCCAACUGGCCCGCCGAUCGUACUUGA